CAGACGCAUCCUUCGUUCUCUGCUCUUUGUUUACGUAUUCCAGUGGAAAUGUACAGAACCAGUUUUUUUAGUAUAUAAGUAAAUUCCUGAGCAAAUCACAGUCGGUUUAAAUGUUCAUUUUUUAUUCUUCGUAAGUUACGGUAGUUGUUUGUAAAUGGUAGUAGGAGCGGCUCCUAACAACAACGAGAAGAUUUACCUCCCGUAACCUCGCAUGAAGAUUUUUACGACAUUUAGAAAAACGAACCACAAAAUGAAGAACAAUUGUAUAAUUGUAACACUUUGGUGCGUUGUGUUUGGUGAUACUAAUGAAGUGAAGUCAGUGUCAGUGAUGGAGGGAGAUUCUGUCACUCUACACAUUAACGUUACUGAUAUACAACAAGAUGAAGAAGUUCAGUGGAGGUUUGGACUUGAAAACAGACGCCUUAUAGCUGAGAUUAUCAAGAAGAAGAUAAAAUAUGAACCUCUUGAGGGUUUCAUAGGCAGACUGGACCUGAAUAUUCAGACUGGAGAUCUCACCAUCAAGAACACGAGAAUCAAGCACGCUGGAGUUUAUAAAGCAGUGAUCGUAAAAAGCCAUGGUGAGACAACAGUUAACUUCAGUGUUACAGUCAAUGAAUCUUCACUUGAUGUCAGCGCUGGUACAGAUGAGGAGACGGUGCUGACGACAAAGGGAGAUUCAGUCACUCUAGACACUGGUGUUCAAACACAGAGAGGUGAUAUGAUAGUGUGGAGGUUUGGAGAUGAAGGUGUUCUCAUAGCUAAACAUGAUAAAGAAGACAACAAAAGCCCAAUAUACUAUGAUGGGGGAUCCAAGGACAGACUACAAGUUAAUAAUCAGACUGGAUCUCUCACCAUCAGUGAUGUCAGAUCUUCAGAUUCUGGACUUUAUAAACUGAAGAUCAGCAGCAACAGCAAACAGACAUUCAAGACAUUCAUUGUUUCUGUCAGUGAUGGUCUAUCUAAAGGUGCUAAAGCAGGAAUAGCUGUUAGUGUCCUAGUGGUUAUUGCUGCUGCUGCUGCUGCUGCUGCUUUUGCUGGUGUGAUUUACCAUCGUCAUAGGAUAUCUAAACUACAUUCACUCACAGUUGAAGUGUUCCAGGGAGAUUAUCUCACUCUACCUCCUGAUCCUAAAGACAUACAGACAGCUGAUGAGGGAGAGUGGAUCUUUGGAGAUAAAGAGAUCAUAGCCAGAUUCAAUAAAAAGAAAAACACAUUCUGUACAUAUGAUAAUGUUAUGGAUGAGAGAUUCAAAGACAAACUGAAUCUGAUCAGUCAGACUGGAUCUCUCACGAUCAGGACAUCAAAACCAGACACUCUGGACUGUAUAAACUGAAGAUCAACAGCAGAACAGGACCAUCAUUCAUUCAUUAUAAUGUUAUUGUCAUGGGAAGGGACAAAACUGUACGUUUGGGAGGUUCUGUUACUCUAGAGACUGGUGUCACUGACAUAAAGACCAAUGAUGAGAUAGUGUGGACAUUUGGACCUGAAAACACUCGUAUAGUUCGAAUCACUGGAGGGACCGAUGAGCCUCAUUACCCUGAUGAGAGAUUCAGAGACAGAGUGAAGAUGAACAACAAGACUGGAGAUCUCACCAUCACAAACAUCAGACAGGGAGACAUUGGAGUUUACGAAGUACUGACCUACAUAAAUGGGGAAACGAGAUACAAGAAAUUCACGAUUAACACAGCUGAAACUCCAAAAAACAGACGAAGAGAAUCACCAAAUGAUGACAGAGGAAAUGAAUCACCAAAUGAUAUUCUUCUGUCGUGAAUGAUGCAAAUUCUGCUGCCGGCCAACUGAAUAGAUGCUCAACAUCACAAGUGUGUAGCAGCUGUUACAUCAUCUUCAUCUACAGGAGCGGUUCUCAAUCCUGGUCCUCGCG